CAGAAUCAAAACUUCAAACAAUAGGCUCAUCUUUGGUAGCAUAUUGAAUACCGGCCUACUUAUUGUAACGUCUUUUUCUGCACCAUUCAUUGCUUUGUCAGGCCUUCUGUCGCUGAGUCAGUAAAAAAACAACUAUUGAGUGAUUAACAUCAGACUCAGACAUUCACAACUGUCGUUCAACAGUCAAACUGAAGUGAGUAGUCUAACUCUAGUGAUCUAGCGGUAGGUACUACUACUAAAUUACUACUUACUACUACGUACUCACCGUACUCGUACUGUGGUACUACUGUACUGGUGUUCACGGUUCAUUGAUCGUUGUGGUAAUCAUUGUUUUUCAAUUUUAUUUUGAAAUUAGUGAUUAGUGUAGCAGUAUAAGUGGUGGUCUUCAAAUAUUGUUAUCUGUAUAAACUGUAUUCGUAUUAGUAUUAGUAUAUUAAAUUAUUAAUUAUUAUUACUAUUACUCUAAAUUUUAGUUUGUCCAGAUUGAAGAAUUGUGUGCCCCAAACCAGACUGGCUUACCUAAUAUUACUAAUGCCUAAUGUCUCUAAUGACUAAUACUAAUGAUAAAUGUCUAGGUAUUUCAAUAAAAAUAUCAAAGUCAAAGAUAUUAUAUUAUUUUAGGAACUUCGGUAUCGCCCAGAAUUGGGCCAGAAACACACAAACAUAGUUAUCGUAAUUUCAUUGUCAUAGUGACCCUAAUUUUCACAGAAUAUCAUUGUUUUGCUUUUAUAGUUGAGUUUUAGCACAAUGAUGAUAAAGCCGCCAAUUAACUUAAAAGCCGACAUCUUGCUUGUUCUUGAGAAUUCAUUUGAUCUUUUGUUUGUUGAGUUUUAAGCUUUGAAAAUGUAAUUUGUCAUCAUGGCCAUGGCCAUGGCCACCAUGCUUUUCUGCAUAUUUUCUUUAGCGGCUGUGGGGAUAGUUUAAAAUAUUAAAAUUCAUUAUGUAACAUUCGUUAUCCAGAAUAUAAAUGGGAAAUAUAACUAAUAAUAAAUAUAUAUACAUAUUUAUAUAUAUAAGAAUAACAAAGAAGGGAUAUCAUUUCCGGUUCAUUUUGCAAAAAUAAAUAACUGGUUACGAUUUAUGUUAUUAAACUGUAGCCGGUCUAUAAAAUUUAAGAACUGUCUAAAUUUCAUGAUGAUUUUUUUUGUUACUUGUUUCACAUGGUUAAAUGGGUCUCAUAUGCAAAACAAAAAGAUUUAUGUGCAAUAUUAUUAUGGUUUCCAAACUAUAGUGCUAUCAGACUUACCCAUUUUUCCAAGAAAAAUAUCUGCUACAUGCGCUAUAAGGUCAUAAGGUAGAUACAAUUUUUUAGAUGGUAUUGAUCGCCCUCAUCGUAUACACAAAAUCAGCAAAAAUUAGUCAAUUGUCUCCCUUAUAAAGACAAAGGAAACUAGAUCUCCAUAUGACCACGUGUCCUUUGUAUUGACAGAUCACCGGUUUAUGGUUUGUUCCUCCGCAUCCAAAAAAUCAAUUGGCGCCUAUCAGUACCUAUCCAGACUGAAGAAUUGUGUGUCCCCAACAAAGUUUAACUUAGUUAAUAAAAACUUUUAAUUAAGUAUGCAAUGAACAAUGCAAUGAAAAAAGGUGGUAAAAGUAUAUUUUAGGUAUGUAAAUUAUUCAUUGAUGUUUAACGUUAAUAAUUAUAUCAGAUAUAUUAUGUCACAGCAAUCAUAUCAUUUCCAUUGUUUUCAACUGGAAAGUUCUCUGAGAUGAUUUUCAAAAAUGUAGCAUAACUUACUGCAGAAUACAAAUUCGUAAAUAUAUGAAUGGAACAGUUCAUGGCACGUUUCAAACUGACGGCAAAGUUUCCAUUUUGCUUGCAUCAAAGUUUUCAGUGGGAACAUUGCUAUCCCCAUGAUUGAUGAAGAUCUCUUGAUGAACAAUGUCAAGCAUGUAUAUGUCAUUGGCGAUCCGUCCAAUGUUGGACUUUGCGUGGGCCGCCCAAUCUUUGUUGGUGUGUGAGGUCUACCAUGCAUGAUGUGAGUGCAAUUAUGCACAUUAAUUGGUAAUCAAUGAAACGAAAAAAAAAAAAAAUCCUGUAGCGUGUGUUCAAGAAUAAAAGUAAGUUUACAUUCUUGAUUCAUGCGAAAAUCUUUGAGAAAUAGUUCAUGCACUUCGCCCAAUCUUUGUUGGUGUGUGAGGUCUACCAUGAAUGAUGUGAGUGCAAUUAUUCACAUUAAUUGGUAAUAAAAGAAACGAAAAAAAAAAAAAAAAAAUCCUGUAGCGUGUGUUCAAGAAUAAAAGUAAGUUUACAUUCUUGAUUCAUGCGAAAAUCUUUGAGAAAUAGUUCAUGCACUAAAAUGCACUUUUACCAAAAAGAUACCAGACCUAUUUACUCUUUACGAUUUUGGCGUACAAUGUACAAUUUUGAGGUGUAUACAUUAUAUAAACUGUAUUUUUAUUUUUGUUAACAAUUAAGAUAAUGUAUUGAAUGAUUUUGUGAUGUUAUUGUAGUAUUUUAAGUGUUUGAGGGUUAACAGGUCUGAGAUAAUGCUACUCUCAUGGAAAUAUUAAAUUUGUUAAGAAUAGGCCUAGCCUACAGGCUAUACUUUUUCAUUCAUACAUAAUUCAUAAUGAAGUAAAAGUAUACCUCUGAGCACCAAUAAUUCUUACAUGAUUAAAAUAGCCCGGGUUCAUAAAAAUCAUGAUUUAAAACGAAAAACUGAUUUGAUUUAAAUCAGAUUUAUUUGAGCUUUUAAGCUUUUAAAAAUUUAAAUUGAUUAUUAACUUUUUUUUUGUUAAAUAUUUAUUUGAGAUUUUGAAGCAUAUUAAUAUUUAUAAAGGUUAAGCAUAACAUAGUUAAUAGCAUUUUAAAAAUGUUGUGGGUUUUAAAUUGCAAUUGUAAAAAUUGAUUAUUGAUAUAAGAUGUUUAACAAUUUAAAUUUGCUUUGUUUCUUGAAAUUUACUUUUUGUCUCAUUGUUUGAAAGGAUGCUUUAGAGUUUGAAGUAUAUUAAUGUUUAUACAGGUUAAACAUAAUGUCGUCAAUGGAGUUUAAAUCCAAUUUUAAAUUAAAAGUGGAUUUUAAAAAAAAAAUUAAAUGGGAUUUAAAAAAAAUUAAAUAAAUUUUUUUUUAGAUUUAUAUUUAACAAAAAAUUUUUUUUAGGAGUUCUCUAGAUUUUGAAGUAGAUGCGCUUAAUUUUUAUAAAGCGUGAAUUUGAAUUUGACAUACAGAUUUAAAUUUAAGUAAAAUAUUAGAAAAAUCAUUUAUUAAAUUAAAAAUAUUUUUAUGACAUUAAAUCCAUUUAAAAUGACUUUCAUACUUUCCCAAAACUGAAAUUUCUCAUUAUUUCCUAAAAAAAUGUUUAUAAAAUAUCAAUUAAUUAACUUUAAAAAAAAAAAUAAUCAUUGAUUUUCAUUGUCUUAAUAUUAUAAUUUCUAUCUUAUCUAUAUGAAAAAGUACUUCAGUUAAGUUUGACACUUUCAAAUUAUCAAUAUCAUAAAAUUUUCAUUCAUCAAUGCCAUUUGAUUCUACCAAAGCCUAAUUAUUGAAUCAUUUGAGCCCCAAGCGUUCUCAACCCUAAGUUUAUUUCUAAAAACUGAAAGGUAUAAUUGAAUGAACAUGAAAUUUAACAUUAUAAAAUUCAGUUUAUAAAGUUAGUUACAAUUAUAAUUUACUAUAUAUUCCUACUUUUCUAAUUUCUUUCCACAGAGAGAAAUGCCACCAAAGAAUGCAUUUUAUAUGUUUAUGCAAGCAGAAAGAAAGAAGAUCAUGGCGCAAGCUGGAACUGCCCCACCUAUGCAAGAUAUGGCAGGCCUGUGUAUAAACAGAUGGAAGGUAUUUAUUAUCUCAUUGAUCUUUUAAGGAUAUUGUAAUUGUAUCAGGGCAUGGGAACUAAAGUGGCCCCAGAUUCCGACAUUAGAGCUACCCAUAAUUGACAUGUCCAGAGACCUACCGGUCGACCAACACUGAGAUGGAUCGACGAUGUAGAGAUGGUCUUACACCAGCUGGGGGUUUGCGCAUGCAUUAAUGCCAAUGGAAGGAUGUGGUGAAGGAUGCCAGGGCCCUGCAUGGGCUGCAGCGCCACUGAAGAUGAAAAGUGACAUGUCACUGAAUGUAAGAAGAGAUAGUUUUAAAGAGAGUGGAUUAAAAAAAAAUAUUUGUUUUUAAUUCUUAAUUAGGGAAAAUUAAAUAAUAAAUUUUACAUCAUUCAGUAUGUAGUUGUAACAUAACUAGUAAUAGGAGCUUUUCUAACUAAAUGAGAAUGACAACAUUAGUAGCAAAUAUGCUAUGCAACACAACAUCGUAGGUAAUCAGAAACAUAGGUCAGGGAAAACCUAAGGGCUAUUCAUGCUAAAUACACUGUUUACCUGUAUAAUGUUUGGGCUUGUUAUGUUUUCCAAUUUAAACGGCUGUACAGAGUCUGAUAUAUAUUUUUACUGGAUUCAGAAAACAAUGUGCACAUGUUUUUAAAAAAAAUGGUUGUAACGCUAGAAAGAUUUGUUAUCCUCUUUCUAACAAUUGAGUCAUAGUCACAAUGAAUCUGGAAUGUGUUGGUUCCUCACUAGCAAUGGAGUGAUGGUCACAGUGAAGCUAGAAGGCUUUGGUCCCUCACUAAUAGGGGUGUGCCGGAUCCGUUUUUUCCAACCGGAUCCGGAUCCGGAUUUUCUUAUGCGAAAUCCGCCGGAUCCGGAUUCCGGUUUCUCCCGGAUUCCGGAUUUUGGUACUAUUGGUAGAUACUUCGGUAAGUCAAGGUGGACUACUACUUUUUGUGUAUGGGAAUUUGCAAUCGGCGCCAAAAAAUCCGAGUUUUUAAUUUUCCGAUGUGUGUGUCUAUUUAUUAUUAAAUUAGUACUUUCGAUAUAUAUUUGAGUUCCGUUCCAUUUGGAUAAGUGUCUUACGAGAGACGCCAUGUUUCUACGCGUUCGCAGCAGGUUAUGCAGCUCGCUCAACCUAAUUUCGCCAUGGGGUUGGCCACGCCCCCCUUUUUAAUGGCGGAAGUUGACGAUACUUAGGAAAUAUUAAUUUAUUAUCACUAUUUACAUCAAAAUAAUUGAUAACUUGUGUUUCAGAAUGCAUUUAAAGACAUUUAAACUGGAAUGUUUUAAUUUGAGCUUUAACAACCCGGUAGAAUCCAUAUUAUAAAUGAUCAGAAUUUACCGUGUGCAACACGUUGUCAUUGGCAACCAUUCACAGCCACUUGCAUAACUGUAUCGUAGUACUACCUCAGAGUUUCAUUCAUAAGAGUUUGCCGUGUGCAAAAACUAUUAAACCAUUGGUCAGGGAAAGCUUUAAUUAAUUAUUCAUGUGCCAAAGUUGAAAGUUUAAACUAAGUCUAAACAGUAUUUUAGUGAUAAGGCAGGGAAUGCGUUGCCUUAUAUAAACUAUAUAGUCAUUGCGCAUGACGGGAUUGGCGGAAUGAGAUCACAGAAUGUGGAGAUGCAGUCCAUGUUAAAAAAUGACAAACCAAGUCGUACUUUAAAAAUUCAUAACUUUAAAACUACAACAGCUAAAAAUAUGAUUUUGGUGUUAUAAUUCUUUAAAAAAUUACAUCUUUUCAACUAUGCCAUUGGUUUAUUUUUACAAAAAGUUUAAAUUUUCUUAUCAAAGUCCCUACACUAUUGGCCACUAUUAGCGGUGCUGACUCUAGCCUCUGGUAUGUACGGAAUAUUAAACAUUAAACAAGCUCAACGCUCGAAACAAUCGAUUAAUGUAUCGUGAUCGUGUGGAAUUCGGGAAAGAGAAUUACUUUUAUUUCAGAUUAUGAUCCGGUGAGUCACAAAAUCUGGCAAAUUCCGAAAUCCGGUAUAUUCCGGAUUCCGGAAUCCGGUUGUUCCGGAUACAUGUAAAUCCGGCGGAACCGGAUUUCACCGGAUAGUGCAAAAUCCGGCGGAACCGGAUUCCGGAUCGGGGUCCGGCACACCCCUACUCACUAACAAUUGAGUGAUGGUCACAAUGAAGCUUGCAUCUGCUGUGUUUAACUCUAUGAAGGUUAUAACUGUGGGGAAACUUCCAACAGUUGAUCCCUGAACGGGUUCCCAGCUGAAAAAGUGAACUCUUUUUAGAAAUUUUCAUAUAUAAAUUGGUUUCUUCUUAUAAAGUUUAGAUAAUUUUUUAAUGCUCCCAAACGCACUAUCAACCUCAUACACAAAAACACUUCGGACACAGCCUGUGAACAAGCACAAUCAAUCUGAUGCACAAAUACGCUUCAGGCAUUGCAUAUGCAAAUGCACGAUCAACCUCAUGCACCAUUAAACAAUCUGAAAGUAUUUCAUAUAAAUCCUUUGUAUGCAUUUUUAUUAUUUUAUUUUAUUUUUUAAUAACCCUCCCGCUUUUACAUUGCAAAUUUAUUCGUUAAAAAAGAAGAAAAUAUUACGCACCGAACGCACUUGCAAAAGAAUUCCAUUAAGCGCACUGAAAUUCCAGGAGCUCCUGGAAAUCUUCUGGAAUUUGAAAUAAAUUGAUAAAAUCCUGGAAAACUCCUUAAAUUUUAAAAUUUCUGCUUAAAUGUCCUGAAAUGCCUAGAAAAGCAAAACCAUCACCAGCAUGCUGGGUAGAUGGGACUCAUUAACCUUGAAUGGCAACUCAUCUUUGAGAAGGUUAACUCUGAAAUCAAACCCGGAAAUGGAGUCCCAUAGGCAUUAUGACAUUGACGCAAUUAAAAUUCAGACAAACUUCUAUAACGUAGAAGCAUAAAGAGCAUAGUGAAACACACAAACUCACUGCUGGUAAUCUACUGCAUCAUGGUUUAUAUCCUGUCGUCUUGCCUAAGCUUGCCAUUGAAUCAAAUAGGCAAGGACGAGAGAGUGGUUCUGACAAAUUAAGCAACUCUCCCUAAAUUUAAACAAAAUACAGCUCACGUCAAGGCUACUUCUCCAGUCUUAGUGAUAUUCACUUGUACAGAACGAACAACAAUACCGGAAAUAUUGAUAUUGAUAUCAAAUAUACUUGAGUAAUUUGCAGGACCGUUCUGGGAUACCAUGAAAAUUAGAGGAAAAUUAUUACUAAUCGUCUAUCAUCUGAGACUUCCUCUAGUUCAACUUCAUUUUUUUCACCUACCUCGGGUGUCCACUUUUGCAAUGUCUUAGUAAAGCUCCCAAGUUAUGUGUAUCAUCGGAAAUAAAUAUUACUUACUGUUCUUACUUGUGAUUGAAAUUGAUUAUUUUAUAAGUAAAUUAGUUGUUUGUUUUAAAACAUCAAGUACAUCUUAUCAGAAACAAGUUACUCAAUUGUGUGUGAACUAGGGACCUUAAAUUUAAAUCAAAUAAUUGCUAUAGUUUUAGCAGUCCUGAGAGUAAGAACCAGCACUAUAUAAGUGCAUUUAUGUCCUGUUACUACAAAAAAUUGUUUAAAAAUAUAGUGUCUUUUUUUUUUUUUUUUAAUUUUUAAAACUGUUCUGGAAUUUUGUUUUUUCUCCUGGAAGAGUCCUGGAAUUUUUUUUAGAUUUGGUGCAGGAGCCCUGUAUUAGGAGUCCUGUAUUAGGAGCCCUGUAUUAGGAGCCCUGUAUUAGGAGCCCUGUAUUAGGAGUUUUAUUUCAUGAAAUCUUUGUCAUCUUAUUUCCUUUAUCUUCCCCAUGGGGGAAAAACUGAUUUUUGAGGGAUGGGUCUGAAAAUUUAUAGAAUGUGUUAUCUCAACGAGUCCAUGUGCCAAGUUUCAGCAGAAUAUGUUGAGGGGAGGUGGGUCAAUUAGCUGUCCAAAGAUUUUGCUACACACCCAGUCAGAAAGAAGCACACAAACAAAAGUGAAGGUAAUAUAAACGAUUUAAAAACAGCAAACACCACAACCGAUAAAAACCACUUGCUGCUCUCAUAAACAAAAUAAAUUAUCAAGAUGAGAUCUUGAUCACAUGAAGUCGGCAAUGUCCAUGGUAAAAUGUACUACAAGUUCAUGUUUGUCUCCCUUGUUUCUGUACAGGGUUUGAGUCCACAGGAGAAAAGUGUUUAUGAAGGCAUGGCGAGAAGAGAGAGAACCACAAAAGGACCCGGCAGCAAGAUGGAUAAUCAAAGGAGGCUGAUUUCAGUGAGUCAAACAUUAUCUAGUGAGAUUGACGGCCAGAGAAGUCUUAGUUCAGUGAGUCAAACAUUAUCCAUUAACAUUUCAUUUCCUCUCCCUGUGCUGGAAUUGGAAAAAAUUUGGUCUACGGUUUUUAAAACAAUCCUUGCAUACAUUUUUAUAAACUGUUCAUCUGUCUUGUGAUCCAGGAAAGGAAAGACCCAGUGGAGGAGGAAAAGAAGAGGCGUAAUCUGGAAACUCAGGCGAUGGGGAGCAGUUGGGUAGGCCAAGGUGAGUGGGCAGGCCAUCGUGGGUGGUUGGGCAGGUCAGGGUAAGAAGUUGGGCAGGCGAUUGGGUAGCAGUAUGGCAGGUCAGGGUGAGUAGUUGGGCAGGUCAGGGUGAGUAGUUGGGCAGGCCGAGGUGAGUAGUUAGGCAGGCCAUCGUGGAUGGUUGGGCAGGUCAGGGUGAGAAGUUGGGCAGGCGAUGGGUAGCAGUUGGGCAGGCCAUCGUGGGUGGUUGGGCAGGUCAGGGUGAGAAGUUGGGCAGGCGAUUGGGUAGCAGUAUGGCAGGUCAGGGUGAGUAGUUGGGCAGGUCAGGGUGAGUAGUUGGGCAGGCGAGGGUGAGUAGUUGGGCAGGCGAGGGUGAGUAGUUGUGCAGACGAGGGUGAGUAGUUGGGCAGGUGAAGGUAGAUAGCUUUUUUUUAUUCAACAAGAAAGUUUGAUUUUUUGUGACAGCAAUUUUAUCUUUAAUGGGGGUGCCAUGUUAUUUUAAAAGGAGAUGUUGGUUAGCUUAACGGUGGUCACAAUUUUAUCCUAGUAGGCACUAAUGAAUUUUAACAAUAUGAGUAUGUAUUCAAAGCAGUUUGAUUAGGAAAUAAAUUUGAACCAAUUUUCAAUGAGCUUGACAAAAUGGUUCUUGUUAAGUAAACUAAGUUUUCAAAUGCCUAAUGUGUGAGGAGAAAAUAUUCUGCAGUGACCUCCCUUAAAAUAACUUUAUUUUUUUGGUACAUAAAAUUUAAUUUUAAAUUGUUAUUCUUAUCAUCAUAUAAAUAUCAUCCCUUACUAUGCCCCUCUCACAGACUUGAAGAAGAUCAAGUAUUGUUAUUCUGAGCCUCAUAAUACUCAGAUACUUAUCUUUUUUUUUCAUAUUUGAGGGCCCACAAUAAAUUUAUUGAUCAUUUUGGCUCCUGGUUUGAAUUCAGAGUUAGCCUUCACUUAAAUGAGUUGCCUUCCAAGGCUAACGGGUCUCAUCCACCCGGGGUGCUUGGGAUGUUGGCUUUUUGCAAGGAUUGAACUCCAGACCACCACAGUUUGGAGUGAGUCAGUUUAGACCACUCUGCCACCCUCUCACAGACUAGAAGAAGAUCAAUUAUUGUUAUUAUGAGUCUCAUAUGAAUAAUAUCUUCUCUUUUUAUGCCCCUCUCACAGACUUGAAGAAGAUUAAGUUUCACUUGAUUGACUUUCAAGUAAUGUAUGACGAACGGGAAGUUGACCUGCAUCUCCCCAUGGAGGUGGGUCUGGUGUGUAUCACUCUGGCCGAUGGAAUUUUAAAAAGUAUGCACCGGUUUACAGACCCAGGGGACGCGCCACAAGGAAACAGAAGAAUUGCCAACGAAUACGGUAGGAUUUAAUAUUUUGACCUACUCAGCUGAAUUCUUUUGACCUACUCAGUUGAAUUCUUGUGACAUAUUCAGCAGUAGAAACAUUUAUUGUUGUAGCUCCCUCUUUGAAUACGUUUACAGCAGGGACCAUAAAGUUACAAGGCUGCACAUGUCUAUGAAUACAUUUACAACAGGGACCAUAAAUUUACAAGAAUGCACAUCUCUAUGAAUACAUUUACAGCUGGAAACACAAAGUUACAAGGCUGCACUUCUCUAUGAAAAAAUUGACUGCAUGAAACACAAAGUUACAAGGCUACACAUCUCUAUGAAUACAUUUACAGCAUGAAACACAAAGUUACAAGGCGGCACACCUCUAUGAAUACAUUUACAGCAUGAAACACAAAGUUACAAGGCGGCACACCUCUAUGAAUACAUUUACAGCAUGAAACACAAAGUUACAAGGCUGCACAUCUCUAUGAAUACAUUUACAGCAUGAAACACAAAGUUACAAGGCGGCACACCUCUAUGAAUACAUUUACAGCAUGAAACACAAAGUUACAAGGCUGCACAUCUCUAUGAAUACAUUUACAGCAUGAAACACAAAGUUACAAGGCGGCACACCUCUAUGAAUACAUUUACAGCAUGAAACACAAAGUUACAAGGCUGCACAUCUCUAUGAAUACAUUUACAGCAUGAAACACAAAGUUACAAGGCUGCACAUCUCUAUGAAAACAUUUACAGCAUGAAACACAAAGCUACAAGGCUGCACAUCUCUAUGAAUACAUUUACAGCAGGAAACACAAAGUUACAAGGCGGCACACCUUUAACAUUUAGCAAAUUGCAAAUGGAAACUGUGUUGUGCCCAAUUGUUUUAAGUAGUUUUAAUUGAUAUAUGAGGGAAAACAGGAUUGUGAGUUUGGAUAUAGUUAACUUAUUCAAGUCCUUAUGAAAAGAGACUAAUAAAAAUGUUUGAUCUAAACCAGUGUUGGGUGUGUAGGAAUACAGCAAUACAUGAUCCACACUGGAGUUGGGUGUCUAGGAGUACAACACAACAGAUGAUCCAAACUGGAGUUGGGUGUCUAGGAGUACAACACAAUACAUGAUCCACACUAGAGUUGGGUGUUUAGGAGUAAAAUACAUUUUUACACUAGAGUUGGGUGCUUAGUUGUAUAGCACAAUACAUUAUCCACACCAGAGUUGGUUCUCUAUUGGUGUCCUUUUUGUCAACAAGCUUGCACUGUAAGAUGGACUGUAGCUUUUGAUAAUGCUAAACUUUAGAGAAAACUAUAAACUAUUUCUGGUAUGCUAAAGAAAAUGAUGAUCAGCUCUACAUUUUGAUUUUUUUUUUACUUUAUAUAUAUUUUUUUAAUCUAACAGCUGAGUCGCACCAUCAAAUACCUCUCAACUUCGAGCAAAGUGAUAGCGACUUUACCAGUUUAUGGUUUGAGCUUGAACACUUUUUGGCAGACGAUCCCCAGAGAGAUGAUAUCCCACCUUUAUUUUGCCUGGUAUGUUCUACAGCAAUUGUAAGCUUAGGCUGAAAGACCUGGUUGUUUCAACUGUACAAUGAUUUGCUGGGAGGAUAUUUAAUAUGACUCAAGGCCCAUAAUUUGUUUUUCCAUCAUAACAACAACAAAAAAAAAAAGCACAUAUCAUUUUGUUAUCAAUUAUCUGCAUUAUAUUCUUACAAGUGUUUACCAAUCAACCACGUUAUGUUGGCUGGUUUAACAUUGAACUAAUUUAUGUUGGCUGGUGUAACAUUGAACCAAUUUACGUUGGCUGGUGUAACAUUGAACCAAUUUACGUUAGCUGGUGUUACAUUGAACUAAUUUAUGUUGGCUGGUGUAACAGUGAACCAAAUUAUGUAGGUUGAUGUCACAAUGAACCAAGUUAUGAAGGCUGGUGUACCAUUUAAGUGUCGUCCCAAGAAAUUAGCCACAACUGAAAGUAUUCGUGAAAACCUCAGUUUCUCUAAUUCUUAUUGUAGGUCAUUAUUUUAAAGGGGUCAUCCGUUUACUAUCCCGUAUGUGGUAUCAGCCUAUAAUAUAUUAGCAGGAAUAGGCUUAAUUGAAAUCGAUUCUUAUUUUAUAAUUUUUUUAAACCAACUUUUCUUAAAAACAACAAUCUCAGGUUACUUGGUAGGUUUUUUAAAUGUCAUCAUUUGUUAAUUAAUUCUUAUUUAAAUACAUCAUGUUUUAUACUGAUCUGACUUCAAGUUUGAACCACGUUAAAUUUCACCAGUAACUUUAUUUUGACCAAUAACAGACUGUGACAGUGUAAUCUCUAUGGCCACUCAAUAUAAAUUAAUAUCAAUAGCAAAUACACGUCUGCCAAACAAAGUGACUGUAGAUAGUAUUAUAAACAUCGGCCAUCUACUUUUUUUACACCAGGUUAACUUGAUCCCACUGGUCACUGCGAUGCGAGUAGUUAUUGUAUUCAUUUUAAAUACUGUGUGCUUAUUUAUUUACUAUUAAGAUACCAUUUUGUACAAUUUUGAGACGAUAUUGUAGGAUUUUAGGAGCUCGAGGGUAAACAGGUCUGUAAUAAACAAGAAAAUCUAGAUACAAUAAUUUAAAAUUGGCAUAGCAGCCAGGAGGUCUUCGCAAUUUUGAAGAUCUCCUAGUAUUCUAAACAUAAUAUUUAAAUUGUAUUACAACGUCUUGUUUUCCAUACUUUUUAUCAAGCAAGUUUAAGGACCGUCGGCGGGCUGGAUGAACUGGCUUCGCGGGCCGUAGUUGAUUGGUUUUGACAAAAAUGUGACUUUAUAUUGUAAAAUUGUAUCUGGUGCUGAUGCUUCUAAGUCCUAAAAUCAACCAGGCAAUAUCAUACACUGCAAAAUUUUUUCAAACUUAAAGCAUUAAAAAUCACAUAAACUUUUUCUUCUCUGGAAUUGGAAUUGAAGUCCUGGGAACCCUAUCCUGCCAAUGAAUCAAGAACCUGUGGUGGUCAUGUUGGUACACACCCUCCUCCCCUCUUUUUCGAAGCUAUCAAAGUUCAUAUCAAUUUAAACUUGGGAGACAGUAAAUUGUCCAUUAUCUAUGUAUUUGUUAUUGUCCAAUUUGCCUUCUCUAUUCACUCAUUGAUUUUUAUUCAUGUUGGUGGUCCUAUCUUGUUGCAGAGUUCAAAUAGAGAAAUUGUGGAGUCCUGCCUAGAGUUCUGCUUUUAUAAGGCAAUCACGGGUGAGCCCAACCGCAUCUACAAGUUGUACUGCAUAGAAGAUUUGAUUGUUACCCUGAUGCUGAGGAGUGGAAAGAUUAAUGACAAGCCUGCUCUCAGCCAGAUCUACGACGCACUGAUACAAAACAGAUGGGACUACACAAGCAACAUAAGGUGAGUCGCCUAUGGGGAUCAUGCUUGGCAGCUAACAUUGUAACUUAUAGGGCAUUGUAGUGACUAAGUAUAACUAGAAUAUAUUAUGUUUUAUCACUUUGACAUUUAAAAUGAUUUAAUGAAGCAUAUAAUGUUUAACUAACAGACAAGAGUGCUUUUAUGUUACGUCUACUAUUUAAAUGUUUUAUACUACAGUGUGCAAUGUCUGGGAUCUUACACACACCCUCCUCAACCCUCCUAUAUUAACUAAUUUUCUACAAAUCAUUUUUAUUGGAUACGCUCAGAAUAGUUUUUAAAUAAGUAGAUUUGAUUCCUGUUACGAUGUGAUGAGUUGGCUCAUUCUCUGAAAUACUUGCUUAGUAGCGCAGCCAUGUACAAAGUAGCAUUUGUAACAAUCAAAGGGUAAGACACAUUAAAUGGGAAAUGUACUAAGCAGUAUUUGUAACAUUCAAAGGGUGGGACACAAUAAAUGUGAAAUGUAUGAAGCAGAAUUUGUAACAUUCAAAGCGUCUGACACAUUAAAUAGGAAUUUUUCUGUGGUUGACAGGUGGUCCAUUAAAUAAAUAAGACCAAAUGAAUAAACACUCAUUUUUAUGAUUUAUUUUCAUGUGCUUCUGAUCAUCUUGUUGAUUUCAACUGUUAAAAGUCAAAUUCCUACCAUGUACAGGUGCCAGUACCAUGAACAGGUGGACUCCUGUUGGUGUUCUAUUUCAAUAGUCAAGAGAUACAGGUGUGUAAAAUAUGUUCGUGUGUUUCUCAUCCACUUGUUAUUUUCAACUGUUAAUUUCUUGUGUUUCUCAUCCACUUGUUAUUUUUAACUGUUAAAAGUCAAAUUUCUACCCUUUAGUUUCAAUAGUUAAAAAAAAAAAAGGAAAAUUGUAAAUACUUGUCUGUGUGCAACCCUCCCCCUCAUGCGCUGCUGAGUUUUGUGAGGGUGACUUAAAUCAACUAUUUGUACAACUACUUUGAUUUGAAUAGCCAAAAUUGCUUUUGUGCUCAGUUCUAUAAAGAAGAAAUAAGAUUCUAAAUGGAGAAGUGUUUUGAUUACACUGUACAUAUUCACUUUCAGCACACAGAGAAACAUUCUGAUUAAGAUAACUAUUUUUAGACCAGAUUUAUUGAAUCGUGAGAAAUUCUAAUAAAGUUUUUCUCUGGCUCAGAAAAUCAGCCAUCACUCCCGUAAUGACCAUAUUGACUUUGAGGGGGAUCAUUUAAUUUUAAUUAUAGUUUAAUACAGCCGGGGACCCAUGCUCGUAAAUUUUGACAGAUUGGCUCGACCAUAUGAAUUUAUAUACUUUCUUAGUGUUAUAUUUUCACACACGGUGUAAUGCGGUGUAAACUACUGGUUUCCAUUUCAGGGCUGCUCCCUCUUUACAACAAUGUUUAGGGCUCUCAAAAUCUGCUUGCUUUUUCAUGAAGUUGUCUUUUAAGUGUGUAGCACCUAGCAGUCUUUAUUGUCUUGGUUGUUUGUAUGUUUUUAUUUGCUCCUCCCCACCCCAAAUCCCUUAUUGGCUUAAUAUGUCUAUAUUCUUCAAGAUUGAUUUGUAAACAUAAAGAAGGAACACCUUUUUUUUUGUUGUUGUUGUUUCCUUUAGCUUUGUGAUCUUUGACCUUUUGUCUAAACUACUGGACUUCAAACUCACGGCUAAACACUUGCCUGACGAGCGCCAAAUUGACUUCAAAGUGAUGCCAUCUUUUGGGAGAAACAAAGGUAAGAAAUCCAAUUAUAAUAAUAAUAUGAAUAAUAAUUGUGAUUAAUAAUGUUAUUUCUAUAUAUUGUGUUUAAUGAAUGCUUGUCAGUGGAUAUUUUUUUAUUAUCCUGUCAAUGACCAUGGUGAAUAGAAAGUGGGACAAGAGACAUCCUUGUCUGACUUCCGUUUCCACUUUAAAGGCAUCUGUGAGUCUACCUUCUUGUACCACCAUGCAUGUCAUCUUUGAGUCUACCUUCUUGCACCACCAUGCAUGUCAUUUCUUCAUAAGAACUCUGAAUGAUCCUGACUAGUUUUCCUGGUACCCCAUUAUGAUGGAGAAUUAUCCACAAGGUUUAUCGGUUCAAGCACUCCAAAGCCAUUUUGUAGUCUAUACAAUUUAUAGAUAGGGGGAAUUCCAAUGGAUUGUUCUACAAUGAUUCGUAGUGUCGCAAUGUGAUCUGUGCAUGAUCUGUUUUGGUGGAAGCCAGCCUGUUGAUCUCGUAGCUGCGUGUCAACCUGGUCUCUUAUUCUAUUUAAAAUAAUUAUGUUAAAGACCUUUCCUGGUACUGGUAAAGACAGCAGUGUUAUUCCUCGGUAGUUUGCACAGUUGCUGAGAUCCGCUUCUUUGGCAUCUUGAUGAGAUAUCAUUCGUUCAAAUGUUUUGAAACUCUCUCUUCUUUUCAUAUCUUUUCAAACAGAGGGAGCAGCAUGUUGAAUAUUGUAUUUAUCUCUGCCCUCAUCAUCUCUGUUGUGAUGUUAUCCAUUGUAUCUGGUUACGGGAAAUUUGUUUCAGUGUGCUGGUGGACCACCCCCUCCUCCCCAACCAACAAAAAAAAAGUAAACAUCAGCCAAAGUAACCCAAACAAACCCCCCCCCCCCUCAGAAUCACUAGUGUCAGAUAUGUUAACUAGGAUUAAGAUACAUCUUUUGUCUCUUAUAAUUUUACAUUUAUUUCAAUACCUCUAAAAAAAAAAGAAACACCCCACAAAGUAACCCAAACAAACCCCCCCCCCCCCCUCAGAAUCACUAGUGUCAGAUAUGUUAACUAGGAUUAAGAUACAUCUUUUGUCUCUUAUAAUUUUACAUUUAUUUCAAUACCUCCUCAUUUUAGCCGUCAGCAAAAGGGAAUGGGAGCCGAGGUCUCGGUCACCACCCAAGUUUAUGGAUCCAGCCCCUGUUGUUGCUUCAAAGCCCACAGAAAGAUAUGUGGUAUGUGCUCUGGCUUUAAGAAGUAUUACCUCAUUAUGGAGUCAUGAGAACUUUUAACGUCAUUAUAAAGUCAAAAAGAAAUGGUAACUUCAUUAUAAAGUAAAAAAGAAAUGGUAAUUUCAUUAAUAUCUGAUGUCAUAAACUUGUUUGUUAGCUUUAGAGACACACUCCUAGAUCAGCAUUCCCCAAAUGGUGUUCCAAGUACUUAGACUUGUCAGCAAGCCUUAUGUCAUUGCUGGUUUUUGAACCUUAGGUUACCAGUCUGGAGUCUAUAAUUGCUAGUCUGUGAACGUUAUUUUGCCAGACAAAUGAGCAUCAUGUCCAUGGGCCUUACUGUGCCAGUCCAUGAGCCUUAUAUGGUUGGUCUGUGAGCCUUACUUGGCCAGUCUGCACAACAGGAAUAUUAUGAUUAAAAAAAAAAUUUAAUAUCAUUAUUGCAUCCGGUACCAGUCCCUGGUGUAAUUUCAAAACCUAUCCACCGGUCUGCCAAGCUUUAAAAUUUCGGAAAUGCUGUCCUAGAUAACAUUGCUGAAUCCAGCUCUGUGAAAUUGUUUUUCCAUGUUGACAAAAGUUGAAUUAUUUGUCAUAAUGUUAAAACUAUGCAUGAAUCCCCGGGUAACAAAGUAUUGGAUGAGAUCAAUGUGUAUGAUAAUAACCAUAAUUGAUCAUUGAUCAAACAGAUAAACUUGAGUGACUCGGAUGACGAAGAAUCUAUUUCUGCUUCAGAAGAAUACCAACUGAAAGAGUUGAGAGUGCCACAGACACCCUGUAAGUUCUUUAAUCAUGUAUCUCAAAUAUUUCCUAAUCCCUGGUGAAUAGGAUAAGAUACCAUUUCCCAAAAGGAAAAGUACCAGAUUUUUUAAAAAGAAAUUCUGGGUGUCUGGUUUAAGAAUUACCCAGAGCCCAUCUCCUUUGCAGGAAAUGGAUUCAAAUUACCCAGAGCACAUCUCCCUCCUUUGCAGGAAAUGCAUUUAAAAAAAAUUACCCAGAGCACAUCUCCUUUGCAGGAAAUGCAUUUAAAUUACCCAGAGCACAUUUCCCUCCUUUGCAGGAAAUGCAUUUAUAUUAUCAAGAGCACAUCUCCUUUGCAGGAAAUGCAUUUAAAUUACCAAGAGCACAUCUCCCUCCUUUGCAGGAAAUGCACUGGAAAAAAAGAGGUGGAGGUCAUUCAUUAGAAACUUUUUCAAAACUGGGAAAUCUAUAAAUUUCUAUAGGAAAGAUUAAAAUUGCAUUUAAAAAAAAAUAAAUAUUUUUUUAUUGUGUUAGGAUUGCUUAUAAUGGAUUAGUUUUCUGUUUAAAUUUUUUUUUUUUUUUAACAGCUAUGUCUGUAGCGAUGUCAGGUUUAAAACUGGGUGCAGGUGAGUGGAGAUUUAAACAAAAAUAAUACUUUCAGUUUUUAUUUGAAGUUUUAAUCUUUACAGAUUAGUUAGGCUAUAUAUUCUUUGAAAAAUUUUAAUUAAAGAAUAUGUCAGCAGUUUUAAACAGGAAAGUUUAAAUUUUAUGCUACUUACAUUUACUCUACACUGGCAAUUGACAUUUAAUUGCAACUAAUUUCCUCAAGAUUUGUAAAUUAUUAUAUAAAAAAAUUGGACAAAAGAUAAACCCUUCCCUCAAACAAUAUUGUUUCCACAUCAAAAUUGAACUACUCUGGUGGUAACGUUUUAAACAAUUAUUUUUGAAACUUUAAGCUGUAGAGAGAUAGAUCUAGUAAAUAUUUUUAAAAAAUUAUAUGAAGUAAAUAUUUAAUAAUUGGGUUUUUAAGUGUUUUUAUUUGAAAGUGAUCAAUCAUCUUACAUGUGUACCUCCUAUAGGUCGCGGCAUCACCACCCUUCCGUCUUUUCCUCGUAGUGAAGUUGACGUGGCACCACCUCCAGGAUUUGGUCCAAAGCCUUCAAUUGUAAGUACUUUUUGGGGAGGACUGAAGUGUCCUGUAAAUUGUUGUAUGUAUUGGUGUCAUUUAGAGGAAUGCCACGAUUUUACACAAAAAAAAUUGUUUAGCAAGUCCUGUAAAUUCCUAUCGCGUCUUAAAACAUUAAAUUCAGUACAGUCAACUCCACACUUCAUGGUCUGCUUCAAUGGGGAUUACAGGCAACGCCGUUCUUCAUUGUCUGCUUCAAUGGGGAUUACAGGCAACAUCACACUUGAUGGUCUGGUUCAAUGGGGAUUACAGGCAACACCACCCUUCAUUGUCUGCUUCAAUGGGGACUGCUUCAAUGGGGAUUACAGGCAAUGCCACUCUUCAUUGUCUGCUUCAAUGGGGAUACAGGCAACGCCAUUCUUCAUGGUCUGCUCUAAUGGGAAUUACUCUCUAUGAAUAUGGAAGUCUUUUGGUUUGUUUGCUGUUGUUGUUCCUGUUGCUUAGUUUAGUGUUAAGUUCCAGGUAGUGUACUGAGUGCAGUCAAUCUCAAAACAACCCAUUGCGAAAUUCAUCUUUUUCUUUAUUUCUACUUAAAGCUGUUGAAAAUGGAGGAACAUGUCUCUAAAUUAUAUGAGGUUAUAUAACCAUGUUUGGUAUCAACCAUCUAGCCCAGUGUUUCCCAACGUGGGGCCCACGCCCUACAGCGGGGCAGUUUGAUUGUUUACUGGGGUAAUUGGAAAAUGAGCUGUCUAGAAUUUGAAAACCAACCGUCUGCUAUGAUUUAACUUGUAUUUUAAAAGGAGGAUCAUUUGUCUUAAUUUGAAAUAAGCGUUUGUUAAAAGUGUUGUAAAAGUCCGUUGAUUUCAAAAGUAGUAAAUAGUCUCAGUUGGCAAAGAAUUGUUAUUAGAAUGAAUGCCUUUAUACAUAUAGCCUAGUAAACUGUAGGUCUUGACUUCCAAUUAGAAUUAUGCCAGAAAAAAUAUUUACCACAAAAAUUUUUGAACAGUUUCAUUGGCUCCAAAAAAUGUGAAGUGGCUGAUACCGCUUUACUUGUUAUUGUCGAUCAUCUGAAAAUUCUGUCGGCUGAAUUAAAAAGAAGAUUUUCUGAAAUUUUAACAGGUUGAUUUUUUUCAAUAUGGAAGAUGCAGCCAAUGUUAGUGGAUUUGUCUGAUAUUUCAAUAUGCAGUAUCAAGAAAAACUCGCAGAAAUUCAAAAUGGUGUGCCUGUUAAAAAUUUUCUUACUAUAAAAGGAGCGAUGGCUUGGCUUUGUGAGGAAACAGAAAUCAAACAUCCUAAUUCAUCCAAAUGUGCUAGAAAACUAGUGUUACCGUUUCCAUAUUAAACUUUAGCCGAAUGGGGAUUUAGUGCCAUAAAUGAUUUGCUGCUAAAAAAAGAAAGAAAUGGGUUGGAUAUAACCCAGUGGGGAGAUUUGAGACUGAAGCUAUCUAAAUUGGAACCGAAAACAUAAAAUCUCUUUACAGCAAGCAUCAAGCACAAACAUCUCACUAAAUUUAAAUAAUAAAUAAUUACUAAUAAUUAAAUAAUAUAGAAAAAUCUUCCAUUAAAAUUAUUUCGUACUUAAAUUUCAGUUCUCUAUUAAAUGUUUUGAGAAUUUACUUACUGUGUUUGUUCACCAAUUUCCUAGUGAUUUCUUCCUAAAACCUAUCAUUUAAGUUUCUUCAGUGAACAACCCUAUUUUUGAAUAUUAAAAAAUUAUGUUUAUGAUCAUGGGGGGGGGGGGGGGGGGUAUAAGAAUAUUAGAAAGGUCUAGGUGGGGCAUGACACAAAAAAGUUUGGGAAACACUGAUCUAGACAGUAGCAGAUGCCUCAUGCUUGGUGUCAACCAUCUAGCCAGUUGCAUAUGGAUAAAUAGAUGAUUUGCUUUGUUUCAACAGUCGCCCUCCUGCGCACCAGCAGUUCCGGGAGCACAAGCCAGGCCUCAGAACCCAUUACUCCAAGGUCAAGGUCGUGGACUUCCGCCACCAAGUGGCUCACGAGGUCGAGGUCUCCCCCCACAGGUCACCAUGACCCAGCUAGCCGGGAGAGGGAGAGGCACUAAAGACUCUUGAAGAUCUUCUUGGAUUCAUUUCAAAUAAUCUCGGUAAAAUUAUUUUUCAUUCCAUACUUCAAGAAAAAUCUGUUGAGUUAUUGAAAGAAAGAAAUCAGCAAUUUGAUGUUGCUUUAAUAGAGUCACUUGAAAAACAUUCAGUAUUAAAGUCUUUGUGUCUCUGCUGCCAUGUCCAGCACUCAUGUAAAAAAAAACAACAAUAUGUAAGGGAAGUGCACUUACAAGUGAAGUCCACUCGGUGAAGCCUUAUUCAGUGAUUUGAACAUUUAAUGUUUAACUCUUUUGCUGCAGAAUUUUUCUAAUGGAAAAAUGCACAUAUAGCAUGGUGGAUGAACGUACUGUGCGUUGCGCCGCAGCAAAGAGUUGUUUAAUAUUACCUGGAAAAGGCCUUUCCUUGGUGUAAAUAUAGAUGUAAACGUUUAUGAGUAAUAUAACAAUAUUUAAAUAUACGAUAAACAAUAAAGUCUUAACCUGCUUUGAAGUUGAAGCAAUGAAUCCAAUAUUCAUCCCAAUGGCUGAAGACUCUUGCCUGUCCUUGUGAAUGGAAGGGAAAAGCCUGUCACCUACAUAAUUGUGUUAAAAAUUCAAGACUUUUCCCCUAAAGUUCUGGAAAAUGUUGUGAGGUCAGAAGCCCAGUUUCUUUGAGUUAUUUUGUUUCCAUAAUUCACAAUUUAAAAAAUGUUAUUGCAUCAUCAACACUUUGCAAAUGCUUGAAGCUCAGUAAAUUAAUAUGUUAGGUUCAGUUUUGUUUUUGUUUUAUUCAUUUCAUUUUUGAUUAAUAUUGGUUGAUUCUAAUCACUACAAGUUGGGUUUAAAAAAAAGGUAUAGUUUAAAUUGCUUUUCAGUUUUGAUUGCACUAAAUGAUUUCUUGAACUCUGCUGUGUAUUGCAAUUCAUUUCUUUAAAACACAUUUUUGGGUGACUUUCUUGUGCCUUUUUAAAAAAAAAAAUGUCUUUUGUUAUAUUUGUUGGUUCCAAACAAUAUACCCCACCUGCCACUAAGUUAUCUCUGGCAAAGAUGUUUAGCUAAAAUAAAAAAAUUAAAAAAACUGUUAAUAUUAUUUUUUUAUUAAAAUGUUGCUUUAAAAAGUGAUUGAAUGUUAUUCGUUUUGAUUGAAUACAAACUUAAAGCAAUAUUUAUCUUCUGAAUUCAUGUAUUUAUAUCUUUGACUCAGAC